UUGGUUUCUUCAGUUGUCCAAGUAGUUUAUUUCUGCCUGACUCGCACAGUCCUUUAGCAUAUUUGUGCCCAGCCUUGGAGGCUUUGUCAGGAUGCCCAACAGUGGAGAGACUCUCACCAAACAGCCACAGGAUGAAAAUGCAGGCAGUGUUUCAGGAAGCCAUGAAAAUGGAAGCUUUCCAGAUGCCCAGACUGUCUGCAGAGAUUCACUGCCCCGUUUGGAGGAGGCCCAGGGUGAAGGCACAGAGCCAGCAGAGUCCCUGUGGACUUCCCUUGCUGAUGGCAGAGUCAGACUGAGAAUAGAUAACUCAUGUCCACAGACUCCCAUAACAGUUCAUCAGAUGUUCAAGGAGAGCCUGGAAAAAUAUGGGUCCCUUAAUGCUUUGGCCAGCAAAAAGAAUGGAAAGUGGGAGAAAAUAACUUUUUCAGAGUAUUAUUGCCUCUCCAGGAAAGCAGCCAAGAGCUUCUUGAAGCUCGGUCUUGAACGGUUCCACAGCGUAGCAAUCCUUGGAUUUAAUUCUCCAGAAUGGUUCAUCUCAGCUGUUGGAGCUGUUUUUGCUGGAGGAAUUGUCACAGGAAUAUACGCAACCAAUUCUCCAGAGGCCUGUCACUACAUUGCUCAUGACAGCAAAACCAAUAUCAUGGUUGUGGAAAAUCAGAAACAACUGGACAAGAUAAUGCAGAUCUGGGAUCGCUUGCCACACUUGAAAGCUGUUGUGCUAUAUAAGGACUCCCUUCCAGAGACACAUCCAAAUUUAUAUACGAUGGAGGAGUUCCUGAAGCUGGGACAUGACAUAUCUGAUGCUACUCUGGAUGAUAUUAUUAACUCUCAAAAGCCUAAUCAAUGCUGUGUACUGAUAUACACCUCUGGGACAACUGGGAAGCCCAAAGGAGCCAUGCUGAGCCAUGACAAUAUAACCUGGACAUCAGCACACUGCAGCAGAGCAGCAGGUAUGCAACCUGCAGAGGUCCAGCAGGAGUCUAUAGUCAGUUAUCUCCCUCUCAGCCACGUCGCUGCACAGAUGUAUGACCUGUGGACUGGUAUCAAAUGGGGAGAGCAGGUCUACUUUGCUGAGCCAGAUGCUCUGAAGGGCAGCUUGAUCAACACACUAAAAGAAGUGCAGCCAACAGCUCACAUGGGAGUCCCCCGAGUAUGGGAGAAAAUCAUGGAGAAAUUAAAGGAUGCUUCUGCUCAGUCAGGAUUUGUGAAGAAGAAAAUGCUGUCAUGGGCUAUGUCCCUUAGCUUAGAGAGGAACCUGAAUGGCUCAAGCAGCAGUGACCUAAAGCAGCUCUGGACAAGGUUGGCAGACUACCUCGUGCUUGCAAAAAUCCGCAGUGCUCUGGGGUUUUCCUGCUGUCAGAAGCACUUCUGUGGGGCUGCUCCUCUCACCACAGAAACACUGUAUUUUUUCCUGGGUCUGAACAUCACCCUGUAUGAGGCCUAUGGGAUGAGUGAGACCACAGGCCCACAUUGCCUGUCUGGGCCUUACAUUUACAGGCAGCACAGCUGUGGUAAACCAGUCCCUGGAUGCAGAGUGAAACUGGUGGACAAGGACACAGAAGGCAACGGAGAAAUCUGCUUCUGGGGAAGGACUGUUUUCAUGGGUUAUUUAAAUAUGGAAGACAGAACAAAAGAAGCCUUCGAUGAGGAGGGUUGGCUGCAUUCUGGAGAUUUAGGAAAGCUAGACAAGGAUGGCUUUCUCUAUGUCACUGGAAGAAUUAAAGAUUUGAUUAUUACAGCUGGAGGUGAAAACGUGCCUCCAAUUCCAAUUGAAGAUGCUGUUAAAAAAGAGCUCCCAAUUGUUAGUAAUGCUAUGGUGAUUGGGGAUAAAAAGAAGUUUUUGUCAAUGUUCCUGACCCUAAAGAGUGAGCUGGACCCAGACACAUCUGAUCCCACUGACAUUCUCACUGAGCAAGCCAGAGACUUCUGCCAGAAGAGUGGCAGUAAAGCCACCAAGGUGUCUGAGAUUGUAGCCACCAGAGACCGGGCGAUCUACGGGGCCAUCCAGGAGGGAAUCAACAGAGUCAACAGGAACGCCACCAACAGGGUCCACUGUAUUCAAAAAUGGAUAGUCCUGCCAAGGGACUUCUCCAUUUCGGGGGGAGAACUAGGUCCAACAAUGAAGCUGAAACGGCUCACAGUGCUCGAGAAAUACAGGAAUGAAGUAGACUCCUUCUAUGAAGAGUAGGAAGUCUUUCAUCCAAGCAUUAAGAAAGAUCUGUGAGCAAAAGAAAGUAUUUUCUAAUCAAAAGCAUUAAUGGAGAUUUAUGCCUUUUUUGAGUCUGUAGUCUAUUGAACCAAACCACUAAAGCUGCUGUGUCAGUUUAGUUGUUCCUGAUACUCACCUGAUCAUUUGUCCUCUUUUUACAGAAGCAUCUACAGUGUGUCCAUUUUCUAAUACCAUUUUUACUUUAUGACCUAAAUGAUUAAAACAUCCUUCUGUGUUGUAUAAACUGGGUAUAACUAAUUAAUUCCUCUAGACUGAAAAACCAUUCUUUUAUAUAGUGAUUUUCCUAUUUCCCUUUUUCCCUGUUGUUCCACAGGCCAUUGCCCACAGCUCAGGAUACAUUUUGGUAGUUGGCAGUACUGCUCAAUAAAACUGCCAGACCACUCCACUGAGAAUUAUUUUUAAAAAAAAUAAUCAAAAGGGCUGAA